GGACAGUCGGGGCGGGGCGAGCGCAGAGUGGGUGUGUCCGAGGCGGGGCGCGCAGGUCCAAGUAGGUGCGACUGUCCCGGGCCGGCGGCGCCCGGGCGCUGGUGGAGAGGUCAGGCUGGCGGGGCCUCGGCCCGCGACGGCGGGUCAUGGCGGCAGGCGGCCGGCUGGAGGACAGUUCCUUGGAUAUCCUACAAAGUAUGGAUGAUGACCCGCUUCUGGACACCCAGCCUCUCCCUCACCACUCUCUUCAAGCUCACUUUAGACCCAGAUUCCAUCCUCUUCCGACGGUCACCAUAGCGAACCUUCUGUUGCUUAUACAUGUCAUGUUUGUUAUUUUAGCAUUUUUAACAGGUGUGCUGUGUUUGUACCCUAAUCCAAAUGAAGACAAGUGCCCAGAAAACUACACCAACCCAUUGAAGGUUCAGACAGUCAUAAUCCUUGGGAAAAUUAUCCUGUGGAUUCUGCAUUUGCUUUUUGAACGCUAUAUCCAGUAUCACCACAGGAAAGUCAAGAGCCGAGGCUAUUCCCAGAUUUACCAGUCUACAAGGCAUCUCAAGACACUGGCCCUCAUGAUCCACUCUUCUGGCAACACAGCCCUUCUCCUCCUCCUCUGUGUGCAGCACUCUUUCCCUGAGCCCAACAAGCUAUACCUUGAGCUGAUUCUGGCCGUCCUGGCCCUGGAGCUGAUCUGUUCCCUGAGCUGCCUGGUCCUCUAUACAGUGAAGAUUAGGAGAUUCAACAGAGCCAAGCCAGAGCCUGAUGUACUUGAAGAAGAAAAAACUUAUGCUUACCCAAGCAAUACUGCCUCAGAGACGGGCUUCAGGACUAUUUCAAGCCUAGAAGAAAUUGUUGAAAAGCAAGGGGACAUAAUCGUGUACCUGAAGCGACACAACGCUCUGCUGAGUAAGCGGCUGUUGGAGCUGACGACUCAGCCAGCUAGGACAUGAGAGGCUCAUGGUCACGAGAGCCACCGAGUCCACAGUGACUGCAGACCGCCUGGCUACAUGGCUGCCACAGGAAAGCUCAGCCUUUGCUGAAGUCACAUUCACAGUGUGUGCCGGGAACCUGAAUCCAGUUCUACCUAUGUAGAACUAUGUAUGUCCCAGAGAUGGGGACGGGCCUCGGAGUGGUUUAUAAAAGUCUGGAAAACUUGAGAAUGUUUUGUAUGUUGUGAAUAAUUUAACUUCUUGACUUUUCUGGAAUGCAGGGUAUACUCUAAGUACCCUGGAAUAAUGUAGUUCUUUAUCAAGGAAGUACAGCAUGACAGUCUGCUGGAAACAGGGUUUUAAACCAGUAAGUUCUUGCCACAGUUAAACUGCUGAGAGAGGAUAUUAUUUCCUGAGGUUAAUGUUUUCUCUGGAAGAGUCUCGCAUGCAUUUUAUAUGUGUAUUGAAUAUUGCAUAUUGAAUGAGAGAUAAGGCCUCCUAAACUUUUUUGUUUUUU